AUAAUAAAAAUAAAAUAAUCCGAACUUAUAAAACGUUCGGAUUUUACAACGGAAAAAAAAGAGAAAGAAAAAUGGAGUCUUUGGCUGUUGCAUGAAGUCAUUUGAACUGGGAGUUGAUCAUCUGUUUCGUUGCGCGCCACUUGUAUUUUAUCCAAGCAGGCGGUCUUCAUUGAUUGGAAUGCUUCAAGAUUGUGAUUUUCUGGUUGAAUUGGCACAAAAUUUAGAACUCUGUAUCAACUGUGAUCUUGCAGUAAUCCUUGAUAGAGCCAGUGAAGAAUUAGGAAUUGUGAGAUCCAAACGAAGGAGGAACUUGAAAAAUUUGGAAUUAAUGUUGGGAGAAGUGUCAACUCGAGUUUUUCAGGCUGGUGGAAUUGAUAAACCAUUAGUAACGAAACGCCGCUCAAGGAUGUGUGUUGGCAUUAGGGCUUCCCACAGGUCUUUGCUCCCAAAUGGUGUUAUCUUGAGUGUAAGUAGCACUGGGUCCACGUACUUUAUGGAACCUGAAGAAGCAGUUGAACUGAAUAACAUGGAAGUGAAGCUUUCUAGUUCUGAGAGGGACGAGGAACAGGCUGUUUUGAGUUCACUUACAUCUGAAAUUGCUCUAUCCAAACUGAAGAUAGAACAUUUAUUAGAUAGAAUAUUAGAAAUGGAUUUUGCAUUUGCUAGAGCUUCUCAUGCUCAUUGGAUCGAUGGGGCCUGUCCUGCAUUUAGCUCAGAAAGAUGCAAUAAUUUAGCUGUAGAUAUUGAAGGCAUUCAUCACCCUUUGCUCCUUGAGCGGUCCUUGAAAAGAUUGCCUGAUAUUGUAAGAUUAAAAUCCCAAAUUUCACCUUAUUCAGAUCUGAAGAAGGAUCCAUCAGAGAUUGGACCUGCUUUUCCGGUACCGAUUGAUAUCAAAAUCGAGCAUGGAAAAAGAGUGGUGGUGAUCUCUGGGCCUAACACAGGAGGAAAAACUGCUUCAAUGAAAACAUUAGGUCUUGCUUCUGUUAUGUUCAAGGCUGGCAUGUACUUAGCAGCUCAAAAUACGCCCAGGCUUCCUUGGUUUGAUUUAAUUCUGGCGGAUAUAGGGGAUGCUCAGCAUGAUAUUGUCAAUGUGUUGCACAAAUACUUCAAUAAGGCACUGUAUUAGCAUAACUGUAAAAUGUUCCCAUAUCAGAUAAUCUCAGAGGCCACUACCUACCAUACAUUCCUGGGCACUUGAAAGUUUUGGGACAAAUUUUUAACAUUUUACAAAAUCUGGAUACUCGAUUCCCAAGCAGACAUGUAUAUCUAGUAAGAAAUGAUAAAGCUCAAUCUCUUAUUGAUGUAUGUUUUGUGCCUCUGAUGGAUGUUUGUAAAGUUUUGAGCUUACAAGUUACACAUCUUCGAGAACAAACCAUACAAUAAUCAUAACAUAAAGAGGCAAUAAAUAUUUAAAAAAAUCAACCCCUUUAGUAAUCAUUACUCCGGUAUUAUUUUAUUGAUACUCCGUAUGAAAAUAUCAUUAAUUUUUGUACAUAUUAUAAACUACAGAGUAAUUAAAAAUGAUAUACAAAAAUUGCUCUCUCUCUCUCGACAUAGAAUCUUUGCAAAACUCUAUAUUUACAAUUCAGUCUAAUUUUUCAGUAUUU